AUGGAGAAAAAUGGCCUUCUUGAGGCCCGUGACAUGGGCCUCCUUACCGAACACAGCCUGCAAGAGCAGCUGGGUUCCGUCCUACGUCAACACCAGAGACAAUCAGAUGUGGUUCGGGUUUUAAGAAGGGACAAGCGAAAUAUAGCAGAGGACCUCAUCCAGAGCACAGACUCGGACAUCGACUCCACCCGUUCUCAAUCCGCUCUCAUCUCGCCAGAUUUAGUUUAA